UGCCUAACCAUAAUAUACGAACUUGACCUCUCCUCUCAUCCCAAAAAAGUCGUCUCCCACCAUCAUUAUUUCACUGGUACGCUUACAGCUCCCAUCGUCCCAAAAAAAGACCAGAAGUCGCUGCAGAGCCCAAGUAAAGUCGCCCAUAUCUUAAUGGAAAUCCAACAGACUCAAUGGUUGCCUGACUUGGGAAUGGAAGACCCAUCUUUCAAUUACUACCCAGGUUUUGACUGCUCCUCACUGGACGCCUUCGAUUUCGACCACGACACCAUUCCUCCUCUGGCCAUCCCUCAAAGCUACCAAAUCUCGGUUCACGACCAGACCAGGCCUGCAGCCAAACUUCCCAAACACCAACUUACCGUUACCAACACCAACCAUUGCGCCAAGGCUUCUUCCCCGUAUUCUUGCGUCAUCUCUUUCGAAAGCUCCGCCGAUUCCCUCCAAAACCCUAGGAGACCGGCUGCUGCCGCUGCUGCUGUUGUUGUGAAGCCUGAGUACACAUCAUCUCUGAUUCCGGAGCACGGCACCAAAAGAAGCUUCGCUGCUGCCAUGACGAGAUCCCCUCUUAGUGCACAGGAUCAUGUCAUCGCCGAGAGGAAGCGCCGGGAGAAGCUCAGCCAGCGCUUCAUCGCCCUUUCAGCUGUCGUCCCAGGCAUCAAAAAGAUGGAUAAGGCGUCAGUUUUGGGAGAUGCGAUAAAAUACCUGAAGCAACUCCAGGAGCGAGUGCAGACAUUGGAGGAACUAGCGAGCAAGAAGAAGACGAUGGAAUCGGUAGUCUACGUGAAGAAAUCUCGUGUGUAUAACCUCGAUGACAAUAACGAAUUAUCAUCCUCCUCCUCCUCCAGUGAGGAGAACUAUUUGUCCGAUGGCUCGUCGGACCGGUCCCAGCUCCCGGAGAUCGAAGCCAGAGUCUUCGGUAAGGACGUCAUGAUCAGGAUCCACUGCGAGAAACAGAAAGGGUGCCUCGCAAGAUUGUUGGGAGAGUUGGAGAAGCUGAAUCUCGGCGUCGUGAACAGCAACGUCUUGCCAUUUGGAAACUCCACUCUCGACAUAACUGUCGUCGCGCAGAUGGACUGCGAUUUCUCCACACCGAUCGUCGAUCUUGUGAGGAACCUAAGAAGGGCUCUAAUAAAAUAG